AUGUCGUCUGAACCAUUUAUUUGCUCUUGUAAAGUGAUCUCUGUUCCGUUUUAUGAAGCCGAAGUGGAGCAUUACGAAACUCUCGAACAAGAUCAUGUUGGAGAUUAUUUUAACAUUAAGGUUCAUGUUAAACAUCAACUAUGCUUUAGUCAGAGGCGGCCACGGCGACGUCGGGUACACUCUUCAACAUUAUCCUUUGAUUUGUUUAAUGCAGAGAGAUCCAUGACCAUACCCAUCCAGGAAUUCUUCGAGAAGGGUACAUCAUACAUGCAAAUGUACUUUCCUCAUCCUAUCAUUCCCAAUGAGGUGAUUCACGAUAUGAUGUCAGGAGUGAUAACAUACGCCGAAAACGUUGUUCAAAAUAGUCGUCCUAGUCAUUCAUGUUUCCCAUAUGUAAGUACCCAGUUUCGUGUGUUCACUUUGGUUGUGGAUAUUCUUGUUCGAAAGUUACAUGAUGAGCACCGUGAUGAUGACAUCACCAACAUGAUCAUGAUGGAGUCCAUGAGAGAUGUUCAAAUGGUUCCUGCAUCAAAGAUUGCCAUUGAAUCCCUCAAGAAAGUGAAGUUGGAAGAUGGUGCUGCCAUUGAAAAGUGUAGUAUUUGUUUGCCUCACGGAGUUUGA